AUGGGCUGCCUCUUCAAGACGGCCGCAAAUGUGGUUAACUUUGCACCGUUCACAUGUGCCAACAAUCUGAUGAACCCAUUCAUCUAUCCUUCAUCAAGCCUGCUUACCAGUGGUUAUUUCGGCUCCGAAGCAGAGUUGCACAGCAACACGAGGACAGUACAAAAAUACAAUCAUGGAGGUCCUUUCGAUAGAGGCGCAUAUGGCCGGGAAGGCAUAUCCAAAUAUACAGAAUCUUUUUACUUCAGCCCUAAACCUAACAUGCCUCGAGAUGCGGUAAAAUAUGCUGAAGAGGCCACAGUUCAAUACCUAAAUCAAGUGAAGGAUGAAAUCUGCCAGCAGACACCGAAAGCCAGUGCACCCCUCAGGCUCCUUUACGGGGUUGGUCCCAUCUUGUAUUUCGGGUAUCGUCCUUCCAAAUGUUGA